AAUCAAAAUGAAGUUGCCAGAGCUGGUUGCUGCUUUCUCUGUCUUCCUAGUUUGGCAUUUUCAGCUAUCUGCAGGGAAUGCAGCAGCAAGUCAAAUUGCAUUUUACGUGCACAACAAAUGCCCCUUUCCCAUAUGGCCUGCAACAGCAUCAAAUGUUGGCUACCCGGUGAUAGCUGACGGCGGCUUCAACCUCUCCCCGGGCCAGACGCAACGCAUUUACGCCCCACUAACAUGGAGUGGCAGGAUUUGGGCCAGAACAGGCUGCAAAUUCACUGCAAAUCCCGCCUGCGACACAGGCGAUUGCGAUGGGCGACUGGCGUGCAAGGGACUUAUAGGCACUCCCCCAGCCACACUGGUGGAAAUUUCAGCACAGGAAGGCAAGCCAACUUUUUAUGAUGUGAGCUUGGUUGAUGGGUACAACAUCCCUGUUUCCGUCUGUUCAAAGCAAUUAUCACCAAGUUGUAUCAUCAAAGGGUGCUCGAAAAAUGUGAACAGCUUGUGCCCACAAGAGCUCCAGGUCUUGAACAAAAAUGGGGAAGUGGUGGCGUGCAAAAGUGGUUGCUUGGCUUUUGAUCUCGACAAAUUUUGUUGCAGAAAUGAGUAUGGAAGCCCAGGGAAAUGCAAGGCUAGCGUCUACUCAAAGAUAUUUAAGGAUGCUUGUCCUUCUUACUACAGCUUUGCUUUCGACAUGCCCCCACCAUUGGUGAACUGUUCCUCUAGAGAGUAUGUGAUAACCUUCUGUCCGUCGGGUAGUGCAUACGCAUCCACAUAGUGUUAUUAUCUUAUGAUUGUCUGACAUUUAUGUCAUGGUGACUAAAAUAAUGGUGUGGUCCGUGAGUGGUUUUUAUAUUUAUAACCCUAUUUAUAAAGAAACUAGCCUUUUGACUAGUUUUGAUAAUGUGUAUUGGUGCAGGUGAGAAAUAUAC